UAUUUAUACUAACUAUAUGUCCAAUAAUCUUUAUGGCUGCAGGACAACUGUUCCAGUGGUAUAACCCCAUUCUUAGAGAGAGUUUACCUCUCACCAAUGUAUGCUUUGGAAUUUACCUUCGGCUUCAUUGGAAACCUCAUGGUGGUCCUAGGCUAUAUCGUUUGCCUCCCUGCUUGGAAGUCCACAAACGUGUACCUGUUUAAUCUGUCUAUGUCUGAUCUUAUUUUUCUGUGCACUUUACCCGAGCUGUCCUAUAAUUAUGCUUACAAUUUGAAGAAAUUUAAUUCUUCACUAUGUGUGGUUAAUCGCUAUAUACUUAAUGUGAACAUGUACUCCAGCAUCCUUUUCAUGAUGUGGGUAAGUGUGGACCGGUUCUUGUUGAUGUGUCACCCACAGCGAGAACACAUCUUGUUGACUCUUAAGGCUGCAUUGUGCAUCAGCACCUUGAACUGGAUCUGGGUGACUAUUCAGGUUAUUCCCCUUAUGAUUUUCAUUAUCCAGGACCUGAAGCAAAAUGGCUGGACAGUGUGUCGUGAUUUUGGGAGCCUGGGAGAGGCCAGAGUUACUCUUAUCUACACCGGAGUACUCUCCAUAACUGGAUAUGUUCUUCCACUGCUGGCUUUAUUUCUGUCAUCACAAAGGUUGGUCUCUGUACUCGUGAAAAGAGAGGAAAUGCGUGGCACAUCCUUCCAAAGACCAGUAAGAAUUGUGAGAGUUGCAACAAUCAUGUUUCUGGUGCUCUACACACCCAUACAUAUAAUGAGGAUUGCGCGUAUUGCAUCAAGGCUUCCUGAAUUAAAUUUGUCAAAGUGCAUCAUAGACUAUAUAAAUGCAAUUUACUUAGUGACACGACCAAUUGCCUAUGUUCACAGUGUCAUCAACCCUGUGUUUUAUUUUCUUAUGACAGACAGCUUUAAAGAAGCACUGCAGGACAAGUGGAGGCAUAUUAAAAGGAUACUCAUGACUGCAACAUAA